UCCUCCUAAUAUACGCAUAGAUACACAUAUAUAAACAGACUAGCUUUUUAGCCAGGCCUCACAAACUAAUUAUAGGCUUUUUCCGAUUAAUCCAUGAAGUGGGAAAGCAAAGUACUCGCUGCUAAUCAAAUGAUUUCUAGUUGUCUGUGCUUCUUCAAGAUUAUUCCAUCACCGUCAUGGAUCUUUGUUGUGCCUGCUUCGUUAAUCUCACUUCUUUUUGCCACUUAUCUUGUUCCUGGGUUUGGUUUCUUGUCUGUUUUACUCUACACAUCUCUGGUACUUGUUUUCUCUACCAUUUUCUGCAUUUGUACUGCAUCGAAACAUCAAAAAGCAGUCUGUGAUUUCGUUUGUGAAACUAAGAGUUCUAUGGUGGAAAGCUCAGAUCAAAGAGAAGAUAUUGCAGAACCAAAGGAGGAGGAGAAGGAGGAGGAAGAAGAAGAGGAUGAUAAUAAUGGUGGUCAAGAAAAGGCGUCCUCUUAUGCAGAGGAAAGCUCAGAUCAAAGAGACGAUAUUACAGAAGCAAAGGAUGAUGAUGAAGACAAUAGUGGAGGUGGAAGUGAUGCUAACAAAAAUAACUACUCAACCAGAUCACCAGAUUCAUUGUCAAAUAGUGAAGCUCAUCAUCAAGAGAUGUCAACAUCUGAGGAAUCUGAUGAACUUGAUUGCUAUUGGCCCUUAGAUCGAAGCGUUGACGGCUCAGAUGGGUCGAUUUCUGAUGAAGAAAGCCUUAUAGAAAUUGCACUUCCAACAGGACACUUGAAGCAUCAGCAGCAACAGCAGCAACAAAGUCUGAUGAUGAUGGAGUUGUUAGCAGAAUACAAUUUCGAUAUGAACGAGGAAGACAACUUGAUAGAAAUCGACAUAUCCAUGGGAUCCAUUAAGUCCUACUCAUCAAGGUUUGAAAUACAAGCUUGAAACUAAUUAACAAAUAACUCUGUCUUUAAUUACCUAUAUAUCAGUUUCACUUUUUUGAUCCACACCUUCAUAUAUAUUUGGUGGGAUUUGAGAAUAUAUUGUAAAAACGGGUCAUAUACUUAAUUUUACUGUGUUUUUUCCCUUCAAUGUUAUGUUGUAAAGUGCUCAUGUGCAGUGAGAAGCUUCUUUC